AUGUCUGACGGGAGGCAGCGAACUUUGUCCACCUCAGGAGAGUCUCUGUAUCAGAUCCUCGCUCUGCAGAAAGGCUGCAGCCAUGAAGACAUCAAGAAGUCCUACAGGAAGUUGGCGUUGCGGUACCACCCCGAUAAGAAUCCGGACGAUCCUGACGCGGCAGAGAAGUUUAAGGAGCUGAACGCAGCUCACGCCGUUCUGUCUGACCUGACAAAGAGGAACAUCUAUGACUCGUAUGGCUCUCUGGGACUCUACGUGGCCCAGCAGUUUGGAGAGGACAACGUCAACACCUACUUCAUGCUGUCCACCUGGUGGGCCAAGGGUCUGUUUGCGGUGUGUGGACUCCUGACCGGCUUUUACUGCUGCUGCUGUCUCUGCUGCUGCUGUAACUGCUGCUGUGGGAAACUGAAGCCGCCACCACCAGGUGAUGGGGCGGAGCCAGAGUAUGUCUCCCCUGACGACCUGGAGGAGGAGUUACGCAACGACCGGGACAAUGACGUCGAAGCUCCAAUCGUUCAGCAGCCGACAAACGCCAGCGAGAAAACUCAGCUGAUCAUCGAUGGACACCGUAGAUACGGAGACACGUACACAUGA